AUGUCACUGGAGUUAGGGUUAAAUUUUCCAAAGCUGUCGACUGCCGUGCCAACUUGCCAAGGGACGGUCAAGAGGAAAACAGCAACCAAACCACAACAGACUGCCACCAUGGAGCACGACCAACCACUCGAGCACUUCGGACUCGACCCAAAUCUAAUCAAAGUUACCUACCGCCAGCAACUCGACCAGUCACUCUUACACCACAUGGAACUGGCGCACCAAACCCAGGGCCACAAACUAAGAGAACACGACCACAGCCAAGAAGAGCAACAACAACCGGUCAUCAACGAACAUCAUUUCAUCCCAGAACCACAAGCUAGCCGACAGCAACAAGCCAGCCAACAACCACAACAACAACUGAUCCUUGAACCAACUAUCAGCUCAGAACCACUCGCAGACAAGAAAGAACAACUCAGGACAGCUGUUGACAAAAUCUUGAACAUUGAAACUCAAUUCGAAGCCAUCCAACGUAGUCAGCUUAAAAUACCAUCCGAACGAGCGAAUAUAGAAGACGAACAAGCCUUACAACCGCACGAAAUCGUCCUUCCUACCAACCAAUUCCUGUUUCCUGAGUCUGAACAAUCACUAGUAUUCCAUCCAAAUCAACUUCAGUACAUCGAUCGCAUCCGUCAAGAAAAUCGAAACUCAUCAAACCAUCCUCACCUUGUCGUCUCAGUCGGUAAAAUACCCCCUCCUCCUGGAACUCAAGCCGGUCGACCAUUUGAUGACGGAUUCACGUGCAUUGUUCCUCCAUCACCUCCUCCCCGUUUAAGUAUUCAUCCUGGGACUAGCAAUUCCGCCGGAUCACGCCCACUGGAUCCCAGUCUUCUUCAAUCUUCUUCAAAUCUACCACGCAGGCGUGUCGGCAGACCCAGGAAAUCAGAGGUUAACCGAAAUGAUCCCAGGAGCUAUACCCAGUCAAGACCAUCUGAUCUUGUUGAAGAUAAAAAACCAGUGGUGGAGUUCGCGAUUCACCAAGACACUGAAAACAUGAGAAUCCCGUCCGGUAGCUCGCGACUCCUGACGCGGGCAACAUCGAGUAGCGAACCGGCUGAUCCGGAAUCAUCGAUGACACGCGUAAUCCCUGUAACAACCGAACCUUCGCCCAUGUCUAGGAAGAAAGAACCAUGGCUGAGCAAACUCAAGAUCACUUAUGCCGCCAGUUUGAGCAAACAUUCCCUCUCUGAUCUCCUUGUUCCUUACCCCAAAGUCGGCGAUACUUUCAAGACAGUCGAAAACUUCAAGGAAGCUUGUCUGUUGGCUAGUUGGCCUGCUGGUCAUGACAUGCAUGUCAGGAAUCAUUACAAGACAGAUUUGUGGGAGAGAUGUGUUUUUACUUGUCGACAUGAUCGAUCGCCGCCUAAAGGAUUGAAUUGUCCAUUUAAGAUAGUCGCUAUGGGGGACAAGACGAACGAAAACUCUUGGCAGUCAAUCGAAGUGUGGAAAGUGAUCAAGUCGCACCAAGUCCAUCGGAAUCAUCCAGUAGGUCCAGGGAUGUAUGAUCCACUGGGCAAGCGAAGCUACCGCAAACGGACCAUUGGAGACGAUCUAAGCCAAACUCAUAGCCAACCAGCGACGAGCAACACAAGCAUGCCUCCUAAGAAAAGGGGAAGACCCCCUCGUGUUCGACCACCAGUGCAGACAGUCCAGACAGUCCAGACCGAGAGAGGCCCACGUCCGAAGCCGCCUCCAUCGGUCUCCUUCCCCGCCCCCACCGCUAUCACUGAAUGGUCAAGACUGGCCCCUUCCUCCGCGUCAUCGGCCUCUUUUACAUCUGAUGUUUACCGUCCCCAUGGUUCUAGUAAUGAUUCAGCCUAG